AUGUCUACAUCAUCUAGCAAACCCGCUGAUGAGAACACACCUCUCCUAACCCAAGUAGACCCAACACCGAUAACAGAGGAUCAAUCGAUCGACCCUUCAUCUCAGCAAGAUGACAUCGAAGAAGAAGAUCAGGAUAAGCCAUUGCCCAAAGCCCAGAUCUCCCUCCUGUGCUUUACGGUAUGCGUGGCGCCGAUAUCAUUCUUUUCCAUCUUCCCUUAUAUCAAUUUUAUGAUUGAGAGGGUGGGGAAUGUGGAUAAGGAGGAUGUUGGGUUUUACUCGGGCUUGAUUGAGAGCUUGUUCAGUGCGACGCAGAUGUGUGUGAUGAUCUUUUGGGGGAGGGCUUCUGAUCGAUAUGGGAGGAAGCCUACUCUCGUCAUAUCUUUGUUGGGCUUGACUGUCGCCACGACUCUCUUUGGGAUGAGCCAGACCCUCUGGCAAAUGGCAUUGUUCAGAUGCUUGGGUGGUGCCUUUGCUGGAACGGUCCUCACUGUCCGAGCUAUGAUAUCUGAGAAUAGCACCAAGCAUACUCAAGCACGAGCAUUCAGUUUCUUUGCUUUCGCAAGCAAUAUGGGCAUCUUCAUCGGUCCGCUGAUAGGUGGUGCACUCGAACGCCCUGCGGAUAAGUUCGCAUCAACCUUUGGCAAACUGCAGUUCUGGCAUGACUAUCCCUAUGCGCUUCCCAACUUUGUCGUAUCGGCUCUCGCUAUCUCUGCAGCAAUUACAACGAUGCUUUUCGUUAAAGAAACACUGCACAUCCAUGGCGACAAGAAGAAGGCUGCAAAAUCCACCAUGUCUACCUGGGAGCUGAUCAACCGGCCCGGCGUCAUGCGAGUACUGGUCGUAUACAACUACGUAAUGCUUAUGGCAUUCACGUUCACAGCCGUCUUUCCAGUCGCCCAGUACACACCCGUCAAAUUGGGUGGCCUCGGCUUCACUGCAGAGCUUAUCGCUGCAUGCACAGCGUUGAACGGAGUAUCUCAGGCAGCCUGGCUACUCGUUGUAUUCCCUGCGCUACACAAACGCGUAGUCCUUGCAAGCGGAGUGUCGAUGGCCUUCACCAGCGUCCAGCUCGCACUCAACGAUAUAUCUCCGUCACACGAAACCCUCGGGACGCUCAACGCUGUCGCACUUGCGGCGCAGAGUGGCAUUCGAUCAGUAGCCCCGGCUCUUGCGACCAGUAUCUACGCUAUUGGCGUCAAGUACCAUAUUCUGGGUGGUCAACUUUUCUGGCUUUGCCAGCUCGUUCUGUCAUUCGGCUUGUUUGGGCUGUUGAAGCUGCUUCCUGCGAAGGCUAGGGGGGACGUGAAACCGAAGCUGUUCAACGGCAGUGCUUGA